AUGAAUUCGGACUCUGGCUCGAGCAGAUCCUCUUCUCCGGACGUGGAUGAAAUGUACACGCGUAAGACUUCCGCGUCCUCGGGCCAGAGCGAGUUCACAGCCAAGAUGGGCAGCGAACACUUAUCGCGAGGCGCCGGCGGUGCGGACCGGACGUCAGCGGGCGUCGGGGUCGGAGGUAAAUACAAGCUGAAGAAGCAAGUGACCGAGGAGGAGAUCCAGCAGCUGCGCCUGAAGAUCAACGGGCGGGAGCGCAAACGCAUGCACGACCUGAACCUGGCUAUGGACGGGCUGCGCGAGGUGAUGCCGUACGCACACGGGCCGUCCGUGCGCAAGCUCUCCAAGAUCGCCACACUGCUGCUGGCGCGGAACUACAUCCUCAUGCUCACCAGCUCUCUGGACGAGAUGAAGAGACUGGUGGGAGAGAUCUACGGCGGCGGCCAUCACGCAGCUUUCCAUUGCGGCGCCGCGGCAGGACACGGUGCCGCGCACGCGCCUGUUCCGGCAGCACCCGCGGUGCACCACGCGCUGCUCGCACCGUCUCCAGCGUCCUCCGCCGCCGCACUGUCCGCCGCACUGCCCGCUCUCAGCUCCAUCCGGGCGCCUCAGUCCUUGAUGAAAACUCCACCGACUCCUCCGCUACAAGUUGGCACCGGCUUCCAGCACUGGGCAGGACUUCCGUGCCCCUGUGCCAUCUGCCAGGUGCCGCCACCCGCCGCACAUGUGCCCAUCACGUCCACAGGACUCACGAGACUUUCCUCCGACAAGGAGGCCAUGAAGUGA